AUGCCCCCGCCUGCCUUAGAUGCACAAGGGGGGGGCCCCCGUACCCUAGGAGAUGGGGGCCCCUUUGCAGCAGGAGGGAAGGAAGUAGACCCGUUGGUGCUAUUAUCUUUGCCACCUCCAUCUUCCUUGUGUCGUUUCUUGCCUCUGCUGCAGCAGCAACAGCAGCAGCAGCGGGUGGGUGCAGCAACGAAGGGCAGCAAGCAUCCUGCAACUGCAGCAGCAGCAGGAUCGCGCAGGAGAAGCAACAAGCAGCAGCAAGCAGGUUUAGAGGUAAACCCUGCUGCUGCGGCUCCCCUUACAAAGAUAUCUCUUUCUCUUCUUCCUGAUGGUUUGCGGCGUCUCUUCCAAAGGGAGCAGCAGCAGCAAGCUACGGAGAAGCAGCAGCUAGCCACAGACAAGCAGCAGCAGCAGCAGCAGCAGCUAACCACGGAGGUGCACCAGCUAGCCACAGUAACACGAGCAUAUGAUAAAAUAAAACAUCAGACUUAUACAGCAAAUGUAUCUGAGCUCUCCCCUCUAUCUGUUGUGCUGCUGCUGUCGCUGCUGGCGCGGCUGCGGCAGCGGCAGCAGCAGCGGCAGCAGCAGCAAGUUAUUGGUAAUCGUCUUAUAUAUUCUCAGCUACUUGCUGCUCCUCCUUCCCCCGCGCUGCUGCAGCAAAUGCAUGCAGGCAAGCCUUUUAUUUGCUUCUGCUGCUCCCGUCGCUUCACCACCUCUGCUGCUAAGUUAGUGCACUUAGAGCGGCACAUGCGGCGCCGCAUACAGCAGCAGCAGCAGCAGCAGCAGCAGCAGUUGGGACGACACUCCUUGGCAUCAAUACGGGGAGGAGCAGCAACAGCAGCAACAGGAGCAGCAGGAGGCUGGCAGCCGUGGCCUUCAGCAGCAAGUUGGAUUGUUGCAGCAAGCCGCUCCUCUUCGGAUGAUUCUCUUGCCUUAGGAGGAACAGCAGCAGCAGCAGAUGCCGCAGCUGCUGCAGCAGCCGCAUCAGAUCCGUAUUUAGCGCUGCAGCAGCAAAUGACAGCAGCAGCGCAUGCACUCAUUUCUCUUGGUAAAGCUGAACUGAGGCAGCAUGAGGCACAAGGGGCCCCAACUGGUUUCUCUGAACCUCCUGUAGGGGCCCCCGUAGGGGCCCCCCGUUUUCCUUCUUGGUUGCCUCCGUUUCUUGCUGCUCAGUUUGCAGCAGAAAUAGGGCAGCAAGACACACCUGCUGCUGCUGCUGCUGACUCUGCUGCUCAUUCCGCCUUCACAACGGCGGGGAAUUCAGAAACAGCAGGUGCAGAAGCAGGGCUCUCCUGCUCUGCAGCAGCAGCAGCAGAAGAUCAGCAGCAACAGCAGCAAGCAACAGGCCUAGCUGCUGUGACAGCAGAGGCAGUGCAGCAACUCGAGCAGCAGGAAGCGAAGUUGUGGCAGUGGUGCUUUGCUGCAGCAAACAGCGUCGGCUGCAGCGUCGAGCCAAUCAGGGGCCCCCCGGGGCGCUCCUCUGAUGGCGUGGGGGCCCCAGGGGGGCCCCUACCUGAAGGGCACUUAGCAGCAGCAGACGGCACAGAACAACACACUUCUGUGGGGUGUAUACGCAGGGUAGUGUCGGCAUCUCCUAAGCAAUGGACAACCGUGUUGCAGCAGCUAGCUGCUGCUCUCCCUACAAAGAAAGCAGCAGCAGCAGUAGCUGCGGCUGCUGCUAGCUGGGGGGAUCGCUCAGGGGACGCCGCCGCCCCCUUAGAGGAGUGUGAGCGGGUGCUGCAUGCAGUGCGGCAGUGCACAGCAGCACCCGCGGGAGCAGCAACAGGUGCAGCAGCAGCAGCAGCAGCAGCAGCUAUCUGCCCUCCCCGGGUCCUCAUGCAAGAGGCACAGAGACUCAGGCAAUGCUUCUUGUGUAGCUGUUCAUUUGAAUUGGGCAUUGACGAGCAGCAGCAGCAGUACUACUUGCGGGAUGCUGUUGCUGCAGUACUCAAGCGGCAGCAGCAGCAGCAGCAAGAAUUGUAUGCUGGUGCUAUUGUUGCCGCCAUUGCUCCCGCUAUACACUCGGCAGCGGCGCUUGCAAACGACCGCAGCAGCGGCAGCAACAGCAGCAGCAGCAGCAGCAGCAUGGAAGUUGAGGGAGCAGCAGAACAGAAGCAGGAAGUGGUGUUGCGAGGUCUAGCUGCUGCUGCUGCUGCUAUUGCAAGUACCCCGUUGUUACGAUUGACAGAUAUGCAGCCUGCAGACAAGUUUUGUGACAGCAGCAGCAGGCAGCAGCCGAAGGACGACACAGCAGCGAAGCAGCAGCAGAGGCAGCAACCUAAGUACCUCCAACUGAGCUCCUGCAUCGGGGCGCAGCCUGCUGUCUUAUCGGUAGCAGUUGAGUUAGAGUCGGCAGCGUUGGAUGGAGGAUAUGAGUCUUCCGCUGCUGCUGUUGCUGCAGCUGAGGGCUGCACAGCUGGCGCAGCAGAUGCAGCAGCAGCAGAAGCAGCUUACAGAAGCCUUGUAGGUCUGGAUAUGGUGGACGGGGAACUCGAGCCUCUGCAGCAAGAAAUGUUGGCGUUGCUACGGCAGCAGCUCCCCAACCCUAAGCAGCACCAGCAGCAGCAGCAGCACCGAUCAGCUGCAACAGCAGGAGCUACUGAUACCACCACAGCGGCUACUGCUGCUGCUGCUGCUGCAGCUCCGCAGCAGCGCGGCGACGGGGCUUCUGAGGAGUCAUAUUAUGACGAUUCUGCUGCUGUUGCUGCUCGCAGCGAGUUGACGUUGCAGCGAGUCUUACCGCCUUAUCUUGUAUACUUACAUCUAGAUUGUUACCUGCAGCAUUUGCAGCAGCAGGGGGCCUUGCUGCAGCUGCUGCAGGUACUGCUGCUGCUGCGUUGGUCUGGUACGCAGGAGAACAGGGAUGCCCUGUUGGCAGUGGGACGUGUGCUGCUGCAUUUACUGCAGCAGGAGAAGCGUAGCAGCAGCACGAGUAAGAGGAAGCACGAGCCCCUCCCCCUUCCUACAGAAAACAGCAAAAUGCAUGCGCUAUCUAAAGAAGAAUACAAGAAGAAGACAACUCCUAUUCGUCGUAAGACACGACGAAGGUUCUAA